AUUUGGGGCUGAUUGGCUGCUGGAAGCGAAGGAAUUGUUCGAGAGUUAUGUUUAGAUGUUACAUUACAGCUCAGUAGACAGACAUGAAAAACCAAAACAACCUUUGACAUGCCGUGGUGGAAAACAAAUCAAGCAAUCAAAUUCAAGACCGGGCAUGCAUCAUGUCUAUGAUGUCAGGUCAUCACAAGAAUCACUCCCAGGAUUGUGGCAGAUUAAGCACGUAAACUCCGAGUGUCCGUCCACCAUCCAUAGCGGCAAACUUGUAAAGAUGGUUCAAUGUAAAAGCAAAGGAGCCGCUGUUGCACUUCUGAAUGCUUGCUCCAUGUCAUAAACCCAUCUCUAUCAGUCCAGUUGUCAACCGAAACACCAAUUGCUCAGCCAUGUCUUCUACCAAACCACUCGUCUGGCUCAUCACAGGCUGCUCCUCAGGGUUCGGCGAGUCCCUAACAUUCAUUGCCCUCAGAGCCGGCCACAUAGUAAUCGCCACCUCACGCACUCCAUCUCGAACUCCAGAAGCCGUAAACGAAGUCGAGGAAUUGGGGGGUAUUUGGCUUCCUCUUGACGUUUCCGCUCCACUUCCGGUCCACCAAGCCGUAGUCAAAGAAGGCAUCGAGAAAUUCGGGCGCAUUGAUGUGCUAGUCAAUUGUGCUGGCAUGAGCGUUAUUGGGGCUGUGGAAGAUUUCAGCAAUGAUGAGGCCCACCUGGUUAUGGAUACCAAUUUCUUUGGCGCACUCAAGCUUACGCAAGCUGUGAUUCCCCACAUGCGAGCCCAAAAGAGUGGAACAAUCGUCAAUAUCUCGAGUGGUGCUGGUAUUGAUCCUUCACCUUCCAUGGGGCUGUACGCGGCGUCAAAGUUUGCGCUUGAAGGUCUUUCUGAAUGUUUGGUCAAAGAGCUCACUCCGUUUGGUAUUCGCGUUCUGAUUGUCCAACCAGGAGCAUUCACCACCAAUAUGAUCAACGCCGUUCUCGUCACUAAACAAAUCACAGCCGCAUACAAGGACACCCAACUCGGUCAGUUCGUCGGUAUGUUCAACGUACCUCCAACAGAGCGGACUUUCAAAGCACCCAGCGAUGUCAACAAAGGUUGCCAAGGAAUAUUUGAAGUGGUCACAGGCAUGGGACGAGGCAAGGGCAAAGGAGGGCAUCUGCGGGUAGUGCUUAGCGAGGAUAAUGCUGAGAGGACAUUGAAACAGACAAAGAUGGCUCUGGAAGCUCGACUGGCUUUCAAAGAUAUUUGGAAGAAUACUAAGCAUGAUGGUGGGGAGUUGAAGGGCCACUCGGCUAAUGGAAAGUAAACAAAGUCACGCCAAGGCCUUAUGUCGUGGCUUUGGCCUGUCAAAAUGAUGCACUUGCAUUGGUAGUCUGAAGAUACAGUAAUGAGUGAAGGUGAUAAUUAGUAAGUAAUGACGAAACCAAAGUCGUUUUACUAAAUUCUAGACUUG